ACCUCGUCUUUCACCUCGCUUCGCUAGAUCAUCGUCUCAACUCCGACAAUUGAAAUCAGAGCGGGUUCCUGACCUUGGGAAUGGCGGGCCCUGACGAUUCCGGUGGUAGCAAGUCGCCGGUCACUCCACGGGCACGGGUCUCCGACGGCAACGAGCUUGCCGUGGCAGAGAGACCCACGGCGCGGAUGGCGCGCGACAUCGGCGGUGCGGUAUGGCCGCAGCUGAACCGAACCAACUACACCGACUGGGCCGUCCUUAUGCAGGUCAUGAUGGAGGGCCGUUACCUCUGGGACGCCGUGCAGACGGGCACGACGGAGCGCAGCGAUGACCGGCUGGCGCUCGAAUCAAUCCUGCGCGGGGUGCCACCGGAGAUGGCGCCCACCCUCGCCGGCAAGGCCACGGCGAAGGAGGUGUGGGACACUGUCAAGACGAUGCUUCUAGGUGUGGCGCGUGGCCGCGAGGCUAAGCUCGCGACCGUCUCCAAGCAGUACAGCUACAUCCGCUUCGCCGACGGCGAGACCGUCGAUGAUUUCGCCAUGAGGAUCUCAAACAUGGUGGCCCAGAUGGCACAGCUCGGAGAAACUGUGCCCGAGAAGCGGGUUGUGCGCAAGUUUCUCUCCGUCGUCCCCAAGAGGUACUCUCAGAUCGCGCUCUCCAUUGAAACCCUCGUCGAUUUGGACACACUGUCGGUGGAAGAGCUCACCGGGCGGCUCAAGGCCGCUAAGGAGAGGUAUGAUCUCGAGCAGGCUGAGACCGGCGUCGGCCGGCUCCUGAUGACGGAGGAGGAGUGGGCUGCACGCCUCAAGGGGUGGGCGGCUCAAGCAGCAACGCGCCGCGAGGCGGCGGUCAGCGCGACAGAGGACGUGGACGCGGCCACGGCGGGCGCGGCAACGGAAAGGCCGACGACGACAAGUGCAGAUACUGCGGUAUCCCCGGCCACUGGGCUCGGGACUGUCGCAAGAAGAAGAGGGAGGAGGCUGUGAACCUCACUCAGGCAGAAGGCGCAGAUGAUGAAGAUCCAGCCCUCCUCAUCGCGCAGGUGUGCACCAUCACCAAUGACGGUGAGCGCGUUGACGAGUAAGUCGAGCUCGUCGAAGAGCAUGCCGAGGUUCACCUCGGGCGCACGGAGGAGGAGUACGACUCCAAGUGGUACUUGGACACCGGUGCCUCGAACCACAUGUCAGGCAACGCGGCGUGCUUCCACGAGCUCGACCGUCGCGUCGCUGGCACAGUCAAGUUCGGGGACAGAUCGGUCGUGGCGAUUCACGGACGCGGCUCCGUCCUCUUCACCGACAUCAACGGAGGCCACCGCGUCCUCACCGGCGUCUACUUCAUCCCUCGCCUGCGCAGCUCCAUCACU